AUGGCUUCCGAAAAACCGGUGGACAAGCUGGCCGACAAUCUGAAGGGUUUGGUCAUCGGUGCGAGUGGUACAAUUCCUGGGUAUCAACAUGUCGAUCAGGCUGAUAAACUGGAAGGUUGCCAAAUUGUGAACAUUGAUUGGUUACUCCAGAAGAUCGCAACGGAUAUUCCAAAGAGCGUUCAGGAAAAGAUACUCAAGCGAGAGAAGAAUGCAGACAUUGAGCCCAAAGGCAAAAAGCGUGCGCGAGAAUCUUCGCUCGGGGAUGACCAAGGCAACUCUUCAAAGAAAACGAAGGAUGAAGAACAGAUCAAGCUCAAGAGUAUGAUCGCUUUGGUUGACAAAAGAUACCCAACAUCGAGUAGUACGCUUUCCGUUUACCAGGACGACGCGGGAUUGACAUGGGACGCCACGUUGGUCAGAUCUGGUCAGAACAAAGCAGUCGAAGUUUCGCGCAUCCAACUUCUCGUUCAUGGCGAGUCGCAGACGUUCCACACGUGGGACUUGCAGUACGAGUUUGGAUCAUCUGAGGAAUCAAACUCGAUUGGAAAUGCAGGAACCUUGGACUCGGCCAAACGUACCUUCAGGUCGAAGUUCAAGUCGCGCAGUCAUCUAGCCUGGAAAGACCGACAUGCUAUUCCCAAUGCUAAAGGCUGGAUUUUCCUCGAAACACAUCACAGGGAAGCUCCGAUCUUCACCAGCAAGACCACCCCGUUGCCCGCAAGUGUUGAAAAUGUUUUGAAAAUCAUAUUCACAUCAGGAAACUUGCAGAACUACCUCCACCUGCUACACACUCACGGGCGCAGCGUUUUGGUUGAAAACAAGGUGGAUAAGAAAAAGCUCCUGGUUGGGAUUGCAGUCUUGGGCAAGCUGAUGGAUCUCACCGACCCUCAGUUGGCGCCUGUCUAUAUUCACCAUGGUGGCGGCACUGUCCAUAAGAAAUGGCGUGAUGCUGAAUACAUCCACCCAGAUUUCAAGGGGUUCCGGGUGCCAGAUGUUCGCGUGGGAACGACGACUGCAGGUGGCCGUUCGGGCUUUUACCACAGUGAGUACGUCGUGGAAAACCCAGCACAGAUUCGUCAACGGUAUUUGUUCCAUGUCAAGGUCGUUUGA